AUGGCCCUGCUGCCGUUCCUGCUGAGCCUGGGCCUGAGUCUGGCGACUGCCCAGCAGUUUGAUCCAUAUGCAGUGGUGCGCAGUCACUACGACAUGGACAAGGUUUUGGGUGCCUGGUACCCCAUGGCCAUGGCCUCCAGCAAUCUGAGUCGCAUCCAACACAAAGGGGACAUGCACGCCAUCCUUAAAACAAUUGAACGUUUAGAGAAUGGAAGCCUGACAUUCAGUUUCGACUUCCUGUUGCAGGGGCAGUGUGAGACAGCAGUGAUGGUCUGCAAGCAAACGCAGAGAAGCGGCAUGUGCACCAUUGAAUAUGACGGGAAGAGCACGGUGCUCAUCCUAGAGACCGAUUACAAGAUAUACAUCAUCCUCUACCUGCACAACAUCAAGGACACCACCGAGACACGUGUGUUGGCGCUCUAUGGUACCGUCCUGACGCCCCGGGUCUACAGUCCCCACCCCCACACCCCCGCCAUCAACAACACCCCUCCUUGA